GUGAAGCCGGCAGGGAGAGGCCGGCAAAGGCCCCGGCUCCGGCUCCCGUGGCUCUGCAGCUCCGGCUUCCCUCCUGCUCUGGCUCCCCUGGGGCUGUUCUGGAAUUCUCUCGGUGCCCACUGUUACCAUGCACUCAGCUGGACCUCACAGAGCCGAGUCACCCAUGAGCAGGCAGGAAGAGAAGGAUGCCGAGCUGGACCGGAGGAUAGUUGCCCUUCGAAAGAAGAACCAGGCCUUACUACGUAGGUACCAGGCCUUUCUGUGUGCAUCUGGGGGGCCGUGGCCUGUGCUGACCCAGGGCCCUCCCGCAGGAGAUCCAGGAAGACCGGCGGCAGGCAGAGCAGGGGGGCAUGGCCGUGACCACAGCAGAAUUCCUCCAGCCUGAUGGCCUCACUGUCACUAUCAGCCAGGUUCCUGGUGGGAAGCGGGUGGUCAGCCGGAACUGGGCAAGACCCCUCAGACCUGGAGCAGCUGACGAGAUGCUUGAGGAUGAGGGAGGGGAUGACCACACUGGUACUUUCUGUCUGGGGCAGCGGGUGGAGCUGGCUGUGACCAUGGAAAACAAAGCCGAGGCCAAGCGGAUCGUGAGUGAGAAGCCCAGCAGAGCAAGGAACCAGGUCGCAGAAGAGUCACGUGGAAGGGGCUUGGGCCGGACCCCCUCCAUGCAGAUGCCCGUCAGCUCGGAUUCUGCACGGAAAGGUACUCGGGAGUCCCAGAGUCCAGGACUGGUCCCAGGCUCGGUUCCUCACUGGCCCAUGGGGGGACCCUUGGAGGUGGGCUGGGACUAUGCCCAGUGGAAGCAGGAGCGGGAGCAGAUCGACAUGGCUCGUGUGGCCAGGCACAGAGACGCACAGGGUGACUGGCGUCGGCCGUGGGACCUGGACAAGACCAAGCCCACGCUACAGGACUCCAGCAAGCUUCAGGAAGAGGGCCUGGCAAGGGUGGGCGGCACCAGGGGUCCCAGGAGCCACCGGAAAUCACAACCCCCACCACUGUCCCUUGAUGGUAAAGGUGGUACUACUCGGGGUGGGCAACCCAGCAGACCCUCAGUGGUGUCGGCCACACGAAGCAAAGCCCGGGGGACAGAGAGGCUGACCGGCAGGGCCCGCAGGUGGGAAAUGAAGGAAGUCAAGGAGGAGCCACAGAACCAAGAGGGAAGUCAAAGUACCAGAAAGACCUGGAGCGAGGAGGAACAUUCACAGAAGCAGAGCCCGACGGAGCUGGGCCGACGCACAAGUGCCCCAGCAACUAGCCCAGCCCCAGGAUCCCCAGGGGGCCCAAAAAGGGAAUCAGGAGCCUCCAUAGCCAGUCCAAACCCUAGCUCUCCACAAAACACUGACUUAGUUCCCCUUGACCUUUCUCUUGGAGGGGCCAGUAGCCCUGGGUCUGGGGAGAGUAUGUGUGCACUCACUCUAAGGCCUGGGGCCCAGGAGAACCCAGUGUCCUCGCCACCACCAGAUGGUUCUGAGCAGAUCCUGGGGUGGAAUGACACCCAGGCUGAGCCAGAAGUACAGCCUAGUUCCGAGCCACAGGGAGAAGCAAGGCCCCUAGAGCCCAGAGAAGACAGGUCUGGCAAGGCUGGGGCCCAGCAGGCCUUGGCACCACGAAGCAGGCCGCCCAGAGGAAUGGGCCAAAGGGCAAGGGGCACAAGAGGUAUGAAAAGCAGGACAGGAGGGCCUGGCCCUGCAGGAAGAUGCUGAGUAAAACUCCUGGGAGCACAGGGGCCGGGCUGGGGAGAGGAAGAGUGAAGAACACAGGCGGGAGUCUGGCGUGGGAUGGGUGUGUGGAUGCAGGUGGCUUGUGGCUGUCUGGCUGCA